AUGAGUAACGUCACCGAGCAAGUUUCGAAGGCUGCUGAGAGCGCCCGUGAGACCGUCGCCAAGGUUGGAGAGUCUGUGUCCGACUUCUUCCAAGGAAACCCAUUUGCGACUGCCGUCGGAAGAAAGAUCGAACUGGCCACCGAUGCGAACCUGUUGGCAACUGAGAAUUGGGGACUCAACAUGGAGAUUUGCGACUUCAUCAAUGGAACCGAGGAGGGCCCACGCGAUGCUGUUCGUGCCAUCAAGAAACGUCUUCAUAAUGCUAUGUCUAAAAACAACGCCGUCGUGAUGUACACCUUGACUGUGUUGGAAACUGCUGUCAAGAACUGCAAUCAUCAGUUCCACGUCCUGGUGUGCAACAAGGACUUCGUUCAAGAUCUCAUCAAGCUGAUUGGCCCAAAAUUCGAUGCUCCGCAGAUAAUUCAGGAGCGUGUUUUAAGUCUUGUUCAGGCAUGGGCGGAUGCCUUCCGAGGAGACCCAACUCUUGCAGGAGUUGUCCAGACUUAUGACGAUCUCAAGAGUAAGGGAGUUGAGUUCCCAGCUGCUGACUUGGACACUCUUGCUCCAAUCAAGACUCCGAAGCGCACGGUUUUCACCCAGCCACCACCACCAACUUUGGAUGCCCCAGUACCAGAACAAGCUGCUCAGCCGGCACAACGCAGUUAUUCACAAGUCGUCAACCCGACUUACGAUGUCAUCACCAUCCGCGAGCAAGGGCAAGAGCCAAUAACAGCAACUCCGGCUCAGUUGACCAAGUUGCGUGCUGAUCUUGAUGUCGUUAACCAGAACGUCAAAGUGUUCCGUGAGACGCUCACCGACGUCGUUCCACGCAAGGAGACUGCCGAUGAGCUCCAACUGCUCUCGGAUCUCAACGAUGGUUGUAGACAAAUGCAACAGCGUGUCUUGGACUUGAUCCGCUAUGUUAAUAAUGAGGAGGUCACUUACGAGCUCCUCAUGGUCAACGACUCGCUGAACAGUGUGUUUGAGAAGUACGAGCGCUUCAUCUCUAACCGCGAUGGCGAGAAGCAAGCUGCUGAAACAAGCGACUUGAUUGACAUGGGAGACGGAAAGUCUCUUGGAGACCAACUUUCAGCUCUCAAAGUCACCGCUGCCAGCGGAGGUCCAUCCAGCGCUUCUACUUCUCAAGACGCUUACAAAGCUAACGCUGAGCCGCAAACUGAUGUCGGAUUGGCUGCUGCCGUAAGCAACAAGCUUCCAACUGAGGACGAAGCCAAAGAAAUGGAAAAGUGGCUCGCAACCCAAAGCGAGAAGAAAACCAAAGAGCAGGAGGAGAACGACAAAUUGUAA